UGAAAUAGCCUCUCAAGGCUAUCAGCAUAGGUAGGAUUAAAAAAAAAAAACGUCGGCAACUUAAAGGCUUAAUAUAGCCGGCGUAUUCUAAAUACGAAAUAUUAAAAUUUUAAAAAUAUCAACACACACAUAGACAAACUUCCGUCAUUUUACGUAUUAUUUGAUUUCGUUCCAAUAAUAAAGCGAGUGUGUGAUGCAUCAGAUCGGUACAGUCGCGAGAUAGGGCGAGCGGAGAUCGGUUCAUGCGACAAUACGAAACCUCAUUUUAAUUUGUCGCAAUUUUAAAUUGUCGUAAUGAAUAAUUAUAAUGCAUUUUGUGUUUGUUGGUGCGUUUUAUUCGGUAUUGUUAUGUCAGCGAGUGAAUUUACAGAUGAAGAGUACUAUCACCUGCCGGAUCUGUACCAUUUGGACGACUACACGAAAUGUCUGUCGCAGAAACAGGGCCUGUAUUGCCUGGGAACUUUCGAACUGUCACCAGCUGAAGAACAGAGUCCAGUUUUCGAUCUUAUCAAGGUGUAUUCAGAAAACCCUCAUCACUUCAACCGCACGAUCAUACAGCGCGGCUGGUGCGUCAGCAGUCGCAGCCUAAGAACCGAAGCCGAGCCGGUGCGCAGAUUCACGAAAUGCGGUCAAGAUUGGGCCCGCUCCCGGGGGAUGAACGCUCGCCUGCUAAAACUCGAAUAUUGCCGAACUCACGAUGAAGCAAAAACUCCGAACGCUUCGGACUUGCCAGAAAGAGUGUUCCUCUGUGCAAUUAUCUGUAUUCUAAUCUUCAACGUCAUCGGAACGGCCUACGAUUUAUGGAAAGGAAACGAAGAAAACAAAAACAAAAUUCUAAUGGCGUGGUCUAUGCCCAGCAACUGGUCGCGCUUGACGUCAUCCUUGUCGAAUGAAGAUCCUCGACUUUCAUGCUUAGCGCCGUUUCAGGGAGCAAGAGUCAUCGUAAUGACCUUGGUGCUGUGGGGUCAUGUGUUUUUCUCACACGCGUUGGUGUAUCUCCAGAACCCACGAGAUUACGAAAAAUCUCUCCACGGCGUUAUUGGCGCACUGGUUUAUAAUGGGACAUCCAUAGUGCAGAUGUUCGUUAUUUUUUCAAACUUCCUCUGCGCAUACAAUCUACUAUUGCCGUCAAAUAAAAAACCGCUCACGCUAAGCAUGUUCCCGAAGCAAAUCGUCAAGAGAUAUAGCAGAAUAACUCCUAUGAACUUGCUCCUGGUGGGCUACGGAGCCACGUGGUGGGUUCAUAGCCGCGACGGUGCAUUAUGGCCGGUCCUAGUUGGAAACGAGAAGAUUUUUUGCGAACAAAAGUUCUGGUCUCAUGCGCUGUACAUCAAUAACUUUUACAUGCCUGAAAACGUUUGUUUCAUACAGACAUGGUUCUUAGCGGUUGACAUGCAGCUCCAUAUCCUAGCUCUCAUUCUGACUUUGUGUCUGGCUAAGCACCGACGCCAUGCCCUACGCAUCCUCGGAAGCCUGUUCGUACUAUCCUGUGCUGGUCUAAGCUUAAUGGUGUACUUAAACAACUACUCGACGUUAUUACAAAUCGCUGAACCUGAUAAUGCACGCACGAUGCUCCGUAAUAAGCCGUCGUUUUACGAAAUGUACGUGAAUCCAUUUAACUCGCUACCAGCUUGCCUGAUGGGUUUGUUUCUGGCUCAUCUACUUUACGAAUUACAAGAAAACGGAUAUAAAUUUCACGAAUGCAAAUGGCUGAAGUACUCUCACGCUUUAAUGAUACCGCUGUACAUAUUAUGGCUGUUUUGCGGGAUUUAUUUCAGAGAACUAAAAUCUAAUAUAGACACAGCUCUAUUCAUUGGAUUGGAUCGACUGCUAUUCUGUUCAAUAUUCGCAGUAAAACUAAUGGGAUUUACGACAAUUCAAUCCCGGGCACGCAAAUUCUUUUCAUGGCGCGGCUGGGACGUAUUCGCCAGGAUGUCUCUGUCCGUCAUGAUGAUUCACUGGGUGGUCAACGUGACCAUUGUUGCAGCCAGACCUACACGGACCUUCACUAGUUUUAUAGACGUGUCCAUAGACGCGGCGGCAACGAUAGUGUUUACUUACAUCAUGGCUGCGCCAGCGACGAUCCUGGUGGAAAUGCCGAUGCAACGAUUUCUUGAUAACUUCACACGAUGAAAUACAGUGAACUGUGUAGCCUUGUGUGUUUAGUGUAUAGGAUCCGAGUCACACGGACUGUUCGACUGGUGUGAAAAUAAAAAAACAAGCUCUCACAUUACGCGCCGAGACGAGAUGAAAGCAAUAAUUCUAGCGAAGAUUAAGCACGGGUAUAGGUUAUAAAAUUGCCCAUUGUGAACUGACCUUUCAAUCAGGUGAAAAUUGUUCACAGAAUAAGCACAACAUAAACAAAUUUAUCAUUACGGAUGUAUGACAAUGAUUCGAUUGGUUCGCCUUUGAAUUUUGCUGGAUUAAAAUUCACGUGACGUAUAGUGGUGGUUGUAGAAUUGUGCUUGCGUAGCUGGAAUAGCAUCUUAAUCUACCAGCGAAUAGAUUGAAAAAAAAAUGUACUUGCUUUUAUCUUUGAUGCAUAAUUGAGGCCGUCAGCGCAAAAGUGGCCUAGCCCAAAAUUUUUCAUAAUCAUGCUUAUAAUUGUAUGGCCUAUGUCCAACAGUGGGCAGAUAAAGGCUGAUGAUGAUGAUGAUGAUGAUGCUUAUAAUUAUGUAUAUUGCAAUUUAUUUAAAAUAAUGUAAUAAAUAAUGCAAAACCGGCCUAUCCAUAGUUUCACCGGCCUAUCCAUAGUUAGAUAACAGAUGGCUUUGUAAACAUUAUUUUUGCGCGUAUUGUUUUUUUGGCCUACUCAAAUUCAAAUUCAUGAAAACUUAAACCUAAUUGCUAGCGUAAUAACUAUGGUAAGCUUAAGCCACUUUUGCGCUGCCGGCCUCAAUUAAUAUAGUGUUAAAUGUAGUAGAAAAAAAUGUAGAUAACAAUAUAAGUAAAGUUGGAGAAUUUUGCAUAGAUAUGUACGUUUCGAAUGUGGACCCCUUUUUGCAGUCAUAUAGGAAGACAAUCUUGAAAAAUUGACAGUAACUGUCAAGAUUGCAGGCAAAGGUCUCGUGGCCGCAAUCCAAUGCGCUGAUGCGACCAAAUCCGCACAUAAUGCGUCCAUGCAAAAUAGGUAAAUAUAGUUUAAAAGCUUAAUAAAACCGCUGUUUUAUGAUCCAUGUAGGCAGACGAGCAUACGGCCAAUCCGGUGGUGAGUGGUUACCGUCGCCCAUGGAUGUCAGCCAAUGCUAGGGGUAAAGACAAGCUACUGCCUAUCUUAAAUAGCAAACCGAACCAGAAAUAAUAAUUUUAUCAUAAGACCAAAGUAAUAAAAUAAGUAUUAUUAUCGAUCCUUCAUACGUAUGCAUUUUUUUAACUGUCCAACUUGAAGUUUGUGAAGAUUACUUUGAAAUACCCUGUUACAUAGAUAGAUAACAUAUCAUAUAAAUAAAUAAUGUUAGUUCGGCUCAAUAUUUUAUUUUAUAAACUACUUUUAUUUAGAAUACAUUUAUUUAAGUAGCUGACUUCAAAAUUAUGAUCUAGAGGCCGUGACCUUAACGUAAAGACAAAAAAAAAGUUAUAAUUUAAAAGCGAUAUCUGUGCGGAGACAAAUGAUUCAUUUACUACGUCAUUCAGUGUGCUUAGUGCGAGUUUCUUAACGUUCUCGACAGCGUAAAAGUUAAGCCAAUUUUGUAUGCAAUUGGAACAGCGCCCCUAGCGGCAAACGCAGGCAAACGUUUUAACUCCAUACAAACAUGAGCUAACUUUCACGCUAUCGAGAACGUUCAAAAACUCGCACUAAGCGCUCUGAAUCCAAGAGUGGCUGUAUUUAAAGGGAGUCAGUCUUAUUAGUUCGAAGCGGGGAGCGUUUUAUUGACGAUUUUAUUAAUUUUAUUUUUCAUUUACAGUAACACAUACACAGGUGUUUGUAAUAAACCAGUAAAAUAAUAUAAAACGUCUUAAAACAACCUAUUAAUAAUGUUUAUUUUAAUACAGAAUAACGAAUUAAACAAUGACUUGAAUAAUUCAUAUCAUAUCAUACUGCUGUAAUGUACACAAUAAUAUGUAAUGUAAAUACGCUAUUAUUUAAAAAGAUGUUUUUAGUAUUUAGUUACCUCAUAUUAAUUAAUGUUUGUGAUAAUAAUUCAUAUUUUAGACAUAAAUUAGAACUGACUGGAUAAGAAUGAAUUUCAUUAAAUAAUAAAGAAGUAAUUUUAUAAUCA